AUGAUAAUUUUAUUUUAAUUGAUACCAACAUUCUUAUCCUUUCAAUACAAGGGUAUAAUUAAUCAAGAUCUUAACCAUAUCAAAAAUGAAUUGAUAAAUGGUUCAUUACCUUAAGGUAGAUUAGCAAUUAAAGAUGUUGAAAAUUUAUUUGAAGAACUUGAAAACACUACUAAUCUUGUUCACUCUUAAUAAAUAGGAGAAUCUUAUCUUAAUAAAACUAUAUAUUCUUAUACAUUAUGCUCUAAUUUUACUAAAGAUAAACCAAUGAUGCUUAUAACUAGUUUACAUCAUUCUAGAGAAGUAGCUAGUUUGUAAAUGAAUAUAUAUUUAUUUCUCUAUAUUUUAUGGGAAGUAAAACAUUAAAAGAAUCCAUAUUAUAUUAAUAUGAUUACUCAUAAUUGUAUUAUGUAUAUAUUUUUUAUUAAAUAAAGGAUUGUCCCAUUUGUUAAUAUAGAUGGAUAUAAUGAAAUUGAGUAUGAAUUUAAUAAACAUUAUUUUUAACCAUUAACAAGGAAAAAUCUUAAUAGAACAAUUAUUUGUAAUCAAUUAGAUGAAUUAGCAGGAAUUGAUUUAAAUAGAAACUAUGGAUAUCAUUUUGGUCAUGAUAAUAUUGGUAGUUCUAAUGAUCCUUGUGAUGAAACCUAUAGAGGAAGUGCUGCAUUUUCAGAGAAAGAAACAUAAGCUAUUAAAUAUGUUGUUGAAAAUUAUAAUAUUAAAAUGGCUAUGAAUCUACAUUGUUUUGGAAAUUUAUGGGUUUUACCUUAUAGUUAUGAUAAUGAGGAUCUUGAUAAAGAUGGAGUUCCAUAUCUUAUUUAUGAAGACUUUAAGUAAAAUGGUUAAUUUUAAGGUAAUUAUAAAAUAGGUCAUGCUAUUGAAUUAGUCUAAUAUACUGCAAAUGGAGAAGCUGCUGAUUGGAUGCUAUCCUAAGGUAUUUAUAUUUCAAUUUUAAAAGGUAUUAUUGCUAUAAGUCCAGAAUUAGGAGAAUAAACUUACUCUAAUUUUUUUUAAAACUUUUAUCCAGAUCAAGAAUAAACACUUAAAUUAUUAAAUACUGAAUUUCCUCCUUUAAUACAUUUUAUUAAUUACUUACCAUUUCAACCACUUAUUAUAAAAUUAUAUUAAUAUAAUUUGGAUGAUAAUGAGAAAUUUAACAAAGUAUUAUCUCCAAAAUAAUAUAUUGUUGAAAUUUUAUGCAUUAAUCAUGGUGUAUCUAAUGGUUCUAAUUAAUAUUUCGUUGUUUCUAAUAAUGUUUAACUUAUUGAAGCAUAUUACAUAGAUAUUAAAUAUGAUCAAAUAUUCAAUAGAGAUCAAAUUGAUACUAGUAAAUUAAAUAUCCUAUAAAUUAAUAAUAAUACCUUUUCUACUAAUAAAUUCAAACCUAGAAGUUAAAUAAUUUAUUUUUUAAUUUAUUAGGAAUCUAAUCUUGGAGGCGAGGUUAAAUUCUAUUUUGAUCUUUAUGGAGAAAAUCAUUAAAAUAGUAAUUAUAUUAAUAAAUUAUAGCCUUUAUAUUAAAAAAUCAUUAAGAAGAAUAGAAAUAAUUAAAAGAUAUCUAAUAUCACAAACUUUAUAAUUUAUUAUAUAUAGGUGUGUUAAUAAUCUUAAUUAUUACAAUAUCUAUUUUAUUUUAGUUUUUUACUAAGAAAAUAAGUAAUAAGAAGUAAUAGCAUAUCAUAGAAUUAAUUGAAUAAAAACCAGAAUAAAUUGAAUUAAAUGUAUAUAUAUGA